AUAUAAAUAUCCAAUAAACUAUAGUAGUGUUUAAUAGACCUUGAAUGAAUCAUGUCUAACAACAUAAUAAAUAGUGUAAUUUCCGGUUAUUGUUACCAACUACAAUUAAAGUACGGAUAACUUCAGUGACAUUCAGGAGUUUAAGGCAUAAUAUGGCUCGCUUUAAAGGUUGGAGAUAUGGAAUUUUUGUGGGAAGUUUUGUAGGAGUGAUUGGAUUAUAUCUUUAUUCUAUAUUAAUUCACCCUAUGAUGAAUAUUAAUCAUUACAAGGCAAUAAGAGAACAUGCCAAAACACAACUUCCUCGUGAUAAAGUCAUUUAAUAAAUCGAAUUUAUUGAAUGCUUUAUGUAAAAUUAAGUAAAAUAUAAUAUUAUCUUACAUAAUAACCAAUGAAAUAAUUAAAUUAUAUAAGAUAGAGUAUUGAUAACAAAACCAUCUUAGAAAGAUAUAAAUCUAAUGUAAUUUUUAGUAAUCUUAUCCAAUUAUCAAAUUUUGUUUAUAUUUAAAUAAUAACAAAAUUAAAUUAUUUGCGAAAGUUUUUCUAACAAUUAGAUGUUCUUUGUUUCUUCUUAUUUGUUAAAUAUAUGGAAAUUAGCUAAC